AUGAAGAGAAAGCUGACCGAUGACACUGAGAUCUCCUCUGAGUGCAUGAAGAUGAGGAUCUCUGACAUGACGCCCCUCAGAAUAACCUCAGACUUCUCCUCUUCAAAAAGACUCGUUGAAGUUGUUGAGACCCCGCCCAAAGUCUGGAUCAUCGGGUCCAGCUACAUCCGACGAGCGGAGGACGUGGCCCCCAAAGAGUUCGGGGCCAAUCUGGGUCUGAACGCCAGAGUCCACUGGUUUGGCAAAGGAGGCCUGAGAUGGAGCGGCGUCAUUCCCCGUUUCUACGCCGAGCUGGCCCAGCAGUCUCCCCCCGACGUUUUGGUGGUUCACGCUGGAGGCAACGAUCUUGGACUCGUGUCUCCGAUGGAACAUGCCGCCAACAUCCAGGCUGACCUGGUGCACCUCCACAAGGCCUUCCCCUCCAUGGCCAUCGUCUUCUCAGCCAUAAACGAGCGUAAGGCUUGGAGAUACGGGAAGCCUGUCAAGAUCAAUGCUGACCGUAAGAUUGUCAACAGGUACAUCAGCAAGACUGCUAGAAGCUUCGCUGGUCGGGUUAUUGAGCACCACUCCCUCAGACACUUUGAAAAGGUGUUUCUUCCGGAUGGGGUGCACUUUAACCAACGGGGGAACAGAAUCUUCUUGACCAAGAUCCGUAAUGACAUCAGGGAGAUUCUGCAGCCAGCUGCCCCAAGCAACAGAUCAUGAAGAGCCAGUCUACACCAGGACACCAUUAUUUAUUUCCUUUCUUUUCUUUCAGUUAUUUUGUU